UUCAAAGAGGAGAGAGGACUGUACCAGGACAAGAGGUUCUGCUUCAUCCAUCUGAGUGUCCAGGAGUUUGUGGCUGCUCUUCAUGUCCAUCAGACCUUCAUCAACACUGGAGUCAAUCUGCUGUCAAAAGGACGAACCACAUCCCAGAAGUCUGGAUCUGCAGACACACAGUUCUACCAGACUGCUGUGGACCAGGCCUUACAGAGUCCAAAUGGACACCUGGACCUGUUCCUCCGCUUCCUCCUGGGUCUAUCAUUGCCGACCAAUCAGAGUCUCCUACAAGGUCUGAUGAAAGAGACCGGAAGUAGCUCGAAGACCAAUCAGAAGACAGCUGAGUACAUCAAGAAGAAGAUGAAUAAGAAACUGUCUGUAGGGAGAAGCAUCAACCUGUUCCACUGUCUGAAUGAACUGGAGGAUCGAUCUCUGGUGGACCAGAUCCAACAGUACCUGACAGAUGGAGAUCUCGCCACAUCUGAUCUGUCUCCUGCUCAGUGGUCAGCUCUGGUCUUCAUGUUACUGUCAUCAGAUAAAGAUCUGGAUGAGUUUGACCUGAACAAAUAUUCUGCUACAGAGAAGGCUCUUCGGAAUUUGCUGCCAGUCGUCAAAGCCUCCAACAAAGCUCUAUUGCCUGGCUGUAACCCGUCAGAGAGAACCUGUGAAGCUCUGUCCUCAGUUCUCAGAUCCCAGUCUUCUAGUCUGAUACAGCUAGACCUCAGUAACAACCAGCUGAAGGAUUCAGGACUGAAGAUCCUGUCAGAUGGACUAACGGAUCCACACUGCAAACUGGAGACUCUCAGGUUGAGUAUCUGUAACCUGUCAGACAGAAGCUGUGAAGCUCUGUCCUCAGUUCUCAGCUCCCAGUCUUCUAGUCUGAUACAUCUGGAUCUCAGUAACAACGACCUGAAGGAUUCAGGACUGAAGAUCCUGUCAGAUGGACUAAGGAGUCCAGACUGUAAACUGGAGACUCUCAGACUGUCAGGAUGUCUGAUCACAGAGGAAGGAUGUUCUUCUCUGGUCUCAGCCCUAAGGUCCAAUCCAUCCUAUCUCAGACUGUUGGACCUGAGCUACAACCAUCCAGGAGCCUCAGGACAGGAGCUGUGUGCUCUAGUGGAGGACCCACAGUGUGUCAGGUUGGAGCCCAGUGGAGUCCGAUGGUUGAGACCAGGUCUGAGGAAGUAUUUCUGUGAACUCACCCUGGAUCCGAACACAGAGAACAGAAAACUCCAACUGUCUGAAAACAACAAGAAGGUGGAACAUGUGGAUGAGCUUCAGCCAUAUCCUGUUCAUCAUGACAGACUGGUGGACUAUCCUCAGCUGAUGAGUUCAACUGGUCUGACUGGUCGCUGUUACUGGGAGGUCGACUGGAGUGGAUACGUUGAAAUAUCAGUGGCUUACAGAGGAAUGGGAAGGAAAGGAGACAGAAGAGAUGCAAGAAACGAUCAGUCCUGGAGUCUGGUCUGUCAUAAAGGUCGUUACACUGCCUGGCAUAACGGCAAACACACACACCUCCCUCAGUCCUCCUCCUCCUCCUCCUCCUCCUCCUCCUCCUCGUCCGCCGGCAGAGUAUCAGUGUAUGUGGACUGUCCUGCUGGAUCUGUAUCCUUCUACAGAGUCUCUUCUGACAAACUGGUCCACCUCCACACCUUCAACACCACAUUCACUGAACCAGUGUUUUGUGGGUUUGGACUGUGGCCUGGAUCCUCUGUGUGUGUGUGUGAUGUGUAGACGUGGACAGAUGAAGACACAAUGAAGACAGAGGACGGACAGAAAUACAGACGCAAUGAGGACAGGAUGGACACACUGGAAAAACAAACCUUUAGAAUCUACUCAGUAAAAGUGAGGUAACAAUUUGCACUCAUUUUGGUUGAAUAGAUUUUACCCCAUAUUUUGAGUAAAAUGUGAUUAAAUUUAACAGCUAUAACACUAGAAGAUAUUAGGUCACAUCCACCUUUCAUAUCCCAAUAGAUUACACAACAAAUUACUCAUAAAAAGUGAGUAAUAGUAACUCUCAGUUGUUAAUAGGAAUAUGUUCAUCUACUUAAUUUAGGGCAGGGAGUAUCAAUCGAAAUAUUGAUAGUAUCAAUACUAAGGUGUGUGUAUAGGUAUCAGAUCAAUACUAAAAUUCCCAAUAUUGCCCAUCCUUAAUUUAGUUAUUAGUAACAAUUAAUCAGUAUAACUAUUUAACCAUUACUUAUUCAAGGAAGGUUAGUUUUACUCCAAAACCUGCUAAUCAUAGGAGGAAUUCAUCAUUCAACCCCAACCUGUAGAAACAUGUGAAGAAUAAGAGAUGAGGACUUCAAUGUUGUAUUUUACUUUAACCCACCCCUGUAUGGAACACCAUUACAGAGAAGAAUGAAACAAAGGAGCAACUUAGCUCAUGGUGCAAGAAUAUGCAACUCAACAGAAAUAUUCAUUCAACACAAAAAUAACUAAUCAGAACAUUAAAACACAUCAUAACUGCACUAUAUAUAAAAAAAACAAAACAAAAGCAACCCUUCU